AUCUCAAGAAUGCAGAAAAAUAUCAAAGCAAGAACAAUUGUGAUUUUUCGAAUAUGUAUCAUAAUACGAAUUUAGUGAUAAUUUUUUCCGAUAUUGUGAGAAAAAAGUGUAAGCAAGUGGGGGCGGAAGUAGUUAGUCGAUUAAGUUCAGAAUAUAAUGUCAGCAGAUUUAAAAUACAACUAUAUUGUAAAAACAACAGCUUGCAACUUUCUAAUAGAGAUCAAUAUUCAAUCAUUUUGAAUUUAUAUGAAACGAAACUCGGAAAUGCCAAGCAAGAAAGUGAAUAUGAAGAAUAUUAUAAAACUAUGCUAGAUCAAGGGAUGCCCAGCCUACAUUCGCUCGUCGUACGACGAGCUCCACUAAUGGAUAUGGGUACUGCCACCAGUUCUGUGACAUCUGUCAAUCCUUCUAAUAAAGUUGCUACAAGUCAAAAAAAAGUUGAUAAGUCUAACAAAUUUACUGGAGUCAGAUCACCAUUAUUACGCAAAGAAGCUAGUGUUGUAAAUCUUUCUUUAACAGAGAGGACUGCAAUAGGAAAAGGAGUAGAUGCUCCUUUACUUAGACCUGAAAGUAGCGCAAGCUUAGAAGCUCGUGGCAAUAGCUGGUUGAGUCUAGGUCCUACAGGAUUAAGAAAAUGUGAAACUACUAUGGGUUUAAGCACUUCUGCUUUAGAAGGCAGACCUAUAAAUCGCAGUCGAGUAUGUUCUCGUUGCUCUAGUUUAUUAUCGUUGGCAUCUAGUUCACGCUAUAGUUUAGCUGCAGGCAAUUUUGUUCCUGCAAGUUCUCAACAGAUGCUUGGUCGUAUUUUUUGUAAAUUAUGUCUUGUUGAUAUUUCUUUUUCUAAAACGUUUAAGAUAGAAGGCUGUGGUUGUUCCUAUUGUAAAGAUUGUAUGAAAGCAUAUGUUGAAUUUGAAAUUGAAGAAGGUGCAUAUGAAAUUAGUUGUCCUGAUGCACAAUGUGAACAUGGAGCAAUACUUUCCAUGAAAGAAAUAUCAAAUCUUGUUAAUCCUGAACUUGUGGAAAAACAUCAUAAAUUUCGAUUGAAUAGAGAUGUGUCCAUGGACAAAGCACGUGCUUGGUGCCCUCGUGCAGGUUGUGAAACAAUAUGUUCUAUAAAUGCUACUGGGUCAAAUGGAACGCCUAUUGGACCAGUUCAUUGUCCUAAUUGUUCUACAGAUUUUUGCUCUAUAUGUCGGGAAUCUUGGCAUACUGGUCCUUGUUCAGAUAUCUCAUUAGGUAUACCAUUUGAUGGUGAUCAUAUCAAAUGUUGUCCUAUGUGUUCUGUACCCAUUGAAAAGGAUGAAGGAUGUGCUCAAAUGAUGUGUAAAAGAUGUAAACAUGUGUUUUGUUGGUAUUGUUUGGCUUCUUUAGAUGAUGACUUUCUAUUGCGACAUUACGACAAAGGACCGUGUAAAAAUAAAUUGGGUCACUCACGUGCAUCAGUUAUUUGGCACAGAACACAAGUUAUUGGAAUUUUUGCUGGAUUUGGAUUACUCUUGCUUGUUGCAUCGCCGUUACUUUUAUUGGCUGCACCAUGUAUUGUAUGCUGUAAAUGUCGUGUAUGUGGUUCAUCUAGACUUGAACAAGAAGAAGGUGAUACUACAACAUGAAAAAACAUUUUUCAUUCUUGUACAAUUUCUUUCUAAUGACGAGUAAUUAAAUUAGACUAUCCAACUUGUGCACGUAAUUGGCGAUUUAUAUAGAUAUACAUUGAAUAUGGUACAUCAUAAGUAAGACAAAGAAUAAUAUAAAAAAAAAUACAAAUAAUAUCUAUCAAACAUUUAAUUUUAUGAAGGAAAAGUUAAUAUUAUAUUAUGUUCUCAAAUCAUUUUUGUGGAUGUUACUUAUAAUUAAUAAUUAUUUUCAUUAUCUUGACAUAUUAUUUGCAAACUUAUGAAUUUAAAAAAUAUUAACAUAUCUGUAUAUGUAUUUAUGUUAUGAUUGUUUUUAUAUAAGAAGUUACUUAAUAUCUAAUUGAUAUUUAAUAGUUACAAUUUAG